UAACCCGUCUUGAUCCAGCUCAGCCCUGGGUGUUUGCAGUGGCUGUUUCCGUAAGUCGGGCCAUCUGUUACCUGCGUUCUUCCUGGGAAGAGGCAGUCCCCGUCGGGCCGCUCUGGAGACCCGAUGCCAGCGGUGUGAGGAGGAGGGACUCGCCUUCUUGCCCCCAGGUGGAAAAGGAAAAGCUGCCUUUGCGAGGGGAGGGCUGGACAUGUCUGAGGCGCUGUCCUGCCCCAGCAAUGAGACCCCUGCCCCAGGCUGCAGACUGGGGGCCCUGUACUGGGCCUGUGUCCGCAAUGACCCUGCCCAGCUCCAAGCCAGGCUGGAUGAUGGGGUCUCCCCAGAAGAGGCCACCCAGGUGGACGGCAACGGGAGGACAGGCCUCAUGGUCGCAUGCUACCACGGCUUCGGGAGUGUCGUGGCCCUGCUCAGCCGCUGCCCUUUCCUCGAUGUGAACCAGCAGGACAAAGAAGGAGACACAGCCCUCAUGCUGGCUGCCCAAGCAGGCCACGCGCCUCUGGUGAGUCUCCUGCUGAACUACUAUGCGGGCCUGGACCUGGAGCGCCGGGACCAGCGGGGGCUGACUGCGCUGAUGAAGGCUGCCAUGCGGGACCGCUCGGAAUGCGUGGCUGCCCUCCUCAUGGCAGGUGCUGACCUGACAGCGGUGGAUCCCGUUCGAGGCAAGACGGCCCUGGAGUGGGCACUGCUGACCGACAGCUUCGACACGGUGUGCAGGAUCCGGCAGCUGCUGCGCCGGCCCCAGGUGGAGCAGCUCAGCCAGCAUUACCAGCCCGAGUGGCCAGCCUUGCCCGGGCUCGUGGCCCAGGCCCAGGCCCAGGCCCAGGCCCAGGCCGCCCCAUCUCUCCUGGAGCGACUACAGACCACCUUGAGCCUGCCCUUUGCCCAGUCUCCUCAGGAGGGGGGUGUCCUGGACCACCUCGUGACCAUCACGACCAGCCUGGCGAGUCCCUUCCUUACCACGGCCUGCCAGACCCUGUGCCCUGACCACCCACCUGCACUGGGCACCCGAAGCAAGUCUGUGCCAGAGCUGCUAGGCAGUGCCCCGCCCCCUCCCCCAGUGCCCCAGCCCCCUCAGGUGGUCCCCGGCUCCCGGGUCUUCGUCCCCUACCAGAGCCCUCAGGGCAUGUUGAGCAUGUGCCCUCAGUGGCUACAGCCCAGGGACAGUACCAGCCCCAGGCCCCAAGCUCCCAAGAUCCUCCUCUCCAAGGCACCCUCAUCUCCCUGGCAGUGCAAGCUGAAGCCCCGGCCGUCAGGGCAUCGAAUGCUGGCCCUUCCUCUCUGGAGAUACCAAGAGCUCAGGAUGGAGAGGAGGAGGCAGGAGGAGGAGGAGGAGGCCAGGUUGUCACAGAGCCAGGGGAAGAUGGGCUAGGCUGGGCUGGGAGCAGGUAAUAGGCCCCUUGCUGAGGCCCCUUUGCCCUCUAGAGGCCCUUCAGCCUUCCCAUCCUUCUCUGUGAAUAACCGCUGGACGAGGUUAUUCACACGGCAUUGCUCGCCACAGUAAGAGAGUAGAAACAACCUAAGUAUCCAUCAGUAGGGGACUGGCUAAAUCAAUUAUGGGUGUAAUUACUGUACACCCAUGUGAUAUAUUCUAUAUAGUGGUAAAACAAGAGUAAGAGAGCUCUUUAUGUUCUGAUAUGAAACUAUCUUCAAGAUGUAUUAGGUGAAAAUAACCAAGGAGUGGAACAGUGUGUCUGGCAUGCUACUAUUUGUCAAAGUGAAAUGUGCACCAAGAUAAACUUGACUAAUACAAAUAAAUAGUGGUACCAAGAUUUAUUUAACUACUUAAUGAGUGAACCAGCAGGAUGGAUCAAAGGAAGAAAUGAGGGCCGGCCCUGUGGCCAAGUGGUUAAGUUGGCGCGCUC